AUGGACUCGCUGCUCCGCGCGCUCGCCUUGCUCGCCGCCCGGCUGCUCGCCGCGCCGCGCACGCCGUCGCAGCCGCGGAACUUCGCCGCGCUCGCGCGCCGCCUCGCGCUGCUCAGCGCACUCCUCGACUCGCUCCUCCUCGACGCGCCGGACCGCUUCUCCGACGCCGCCAACCUCUGCUUCCGCGAGCUCUACGUCGUGCUCUUCCGCGCCGACCUGCUCGUCUCUUACGUCGCCUCCGCCGGCCGCGCGUGGGCGCUGCUCCGGGGCGCGCACCUCGCCGCCUCCUUCCGCGACCUCGACGCCGAGCUCGCCGUCGUCCUCGACGUCAUCCCCGCCGCCUCCAUCCGCCUCUCGCACGACGCGGCUGGCCACCUCGACCUCCUCCGCUCCCAGUGCCGCCGCCGAGCGCCCGCCCAGUACCACGACCCGGACGAGGCUGCGCUACGCGACCGCCUCCUCGCCGCCGUCCAACAGUUCGAGCUCGGCCAGCCGCCUGAUACCUCUCCGCUCAAACCGCUCCUCUCCGACAUCGGCAUCUCUGACUCCGCAUCUUGCCAAGCUGAAAUCGGCUACCUUGAGGAACAAAUCUUGAGUCAAGAAGAGGAUACCGACCUCCUGCUCGUCGGUGGUGUUCUCGCCUUGCUCCGCUACAGCCUCUUCUCGCAGUUCGACCCUGGCAACGCAAAGUUGGCCCGGUAUUGGCCGUCGGCGGGAAACUUGCAGCGGCUUCCAUCGUGGGGCGGCGGCUGCGACGACACCUCCUUCUCGGUGCCCAAGGAGUUCUCCUGCCCGAUUUCUUUGGAUUUGAUGCGCGACCCUGUGGUGGCGUCCACCGGCCAGACGUAUGACCGGCCAUCAAUCAUACAGUGGAUCGGGGAGGGCCAUUCCACCUGCCCAAAUUCAGGGCAGGCGCUGGCAGACAAUCGCCUUGUGCCGAAUCGUGCACUCCGCAGUUUGAUAUCACAGUGGUGUGGGAUGUAUUGUUUCCAGUAUGAUUCCCCAGAGAGCAACGAGGGGAUGGCCGAAUGCGUCGCCGCCGCGUGCAGCAGCAAGGCGGCAAUCGAGGCGAAUAAGGCCACAGCCAGGAUUCUGGUCAGGAUGCUGGUGGAGAGUUCAGAUAGCUCAAAGGCAGUCGCUGCCAAGGAAAUUAGGUUGCUGGCCAAGGCUGGGAAGCAGAACAGAGCGUUCAUCGCCGAGCUCGGUGCAAUCCCGUUGCUCUGCAGGCUGCUCCUGUCAUCAGAUCAGAUAGCGCAAGAGAACGCAGUGACGGCGCUGCUCAAUCUCUCCAUUUACGAGCCGAACAAAACGCGGAUUAUGGAACAGGAGGGUUGCUUGUGGCUUAUCGUCAGCGUGUUGCAGAAUGGCUGGACUACAGAGGCCAGAGAGAAUGCAGCAGCAACUCUGUUUAGUCUCUCCGUGGUCCAUGAUUACAAGAAGAUGAUCAUGAAUGAGCCAGGGGCUCUGGAGAAGCUGGCUUGUAUGCUGAAAAAAGGGUCGCCAAGGGGGAGGAAAGAUGCAGUGAUGGCACUUUUCAACCUCUCAACUCAUGCAGAAAGCUCAGCUCGGAUGCUUGAGUCAAGUGCAGUUGUAGCUUUAAUCGAGUCACUGAGGAACGACACCGUGUCGGAGGAAGCUGCCGGUGCUCUGGCUCUGCUCAUGAAGCAGCCUUCUGUUGUGCAUCUUGUUGGGAGCUCUGAAACUGUGAUCAGUAGCCUCGUUGGAUUAAUGAGACGGGGAACUCCAAAGGGCAAGGAGAAUGCAGUGUCCGCUCUAUACGAGAUAUGUCGCCGUGGUGGCUCAACAUUGGUUCGGAGAGUAGCAAAGAUUCCGGGGUUGAAUACGGUAAUACAGAACAUCAUGCUCACUGGAACAAAGCGCGCCAAGAAGAAAGCAAGCUUGAUCGUCAAGAUGUGCCAAAGAAGCCAAAUGCCGUCAGCAAUGUCGCUAGGGACUAGCUUGAGGGUGGUUGAUCAUUCUUUGGUAGGUAACAGCUCGUUGAGGCGUGCUGCGAGCUUUGGCAGUGGAGAGUUGUCGAAUCCCGUUUCGAUAUCAGUGCACGUGCCCUAG